AUUAAAAUUCAAAUGGACAGAUAUAAAAUUAUCAAGACUAUAGGUGACGGAGCCUAUGGAAGUGUUGUCAAGGCCACUAAUAAGAAAACCCAAGAGGUAGUAGCGAUUAAAUAAGAUGAAGAAGAAGUUUUAUAGUUGGGAAGAAUGCAUGGCUCUGAGGGAGAUCAAGUCUCUGAGGAAACUCAAUCAUAAAAAUAUUGUUAAGUUGAAGGAGGUUAUUAGAGCUAAUGAUGAUUUAUACUUCGUUUUUGAGUACCUUGACCAAAAUGUGUACCAAAUGAUUAAGGAUAGGACUACUGACCUCCCAGAGAGCCAGGUUAGAAGUGUUAUUUAUCAAACUUUAGAAGGUCUGGUGUAUAUGCAUAAGCAUGGCUUUUUCCAUCGAGAUUUAAAACCUGAAAAUUUAUUAGCAACUGGAGAGAUUGUCAAAAUUGCCGAUUUUGGUCUUGCAAGAGAGAUUAGAUCCAGACCUCCAUUUACAGAUUAUGUCUCUACCAGAUGGUACAGAGCACCAGAAAUUUUGUUGAGAUCAACUUCAUAUAACUCUCCAAUUGAUAUUUUUGCUAUGGGUGCAAUCAUGGCCGAAUUAUACAUGUUGCGCCCAUUGUUCCCAGGACAGAAUGAAACUGAUCAGAUAUAUAAAACUUGUGCUGUCCUCGGUAGUCCGAGCAAAACUGAUUGGCCUGAAGGGUUCAAACUUGCAUCUCAGAUUGGGUUUAGCUUUCCAAAAUUUGUUUCUACCUCACUCAAAACUAUUAUUCCAAAUGCAUCUGAUGAAGCUAUUGACUUGAUGGAGAAAAUGAUGGAAUUUGAUCCUCAAAAGAGACCUACUGCUUCAGAAUGCUUAGAACAUGAAUUCUUCAAAGAUUUUGUUCCUCCAGUCCAGAGUUCAAUUUACGGGAAAUCAAACAAAAGUUUCUUCAAUAAAUCGAAUGAUAUUAAUUCUGGGGUAAGAAAGCCAAGUGCUGUUUCAAAAAGACUUGAGAGUAGGAAAUCCAAGCUUGGUUCUCGAGACAUAAAUAAAAAUAGCUUCUACAAGACUAAGAGUAAGCUUCCUAGCAAAGUUCCCAUGAAGUCUCCAGUUAAUAGCUACUUUAACAAAGUACCUCAGGGAGGUCUCGGAGGAUAUGGAGGAAUCAGUUCAUAUCUAAAGAAUAAAGGCACAGGAAAUAAAGAAGACAAUGUUCAUAACCCAACUAGCGCUACUAAGUUUGGGAAACCUGACAGUGGCAGCGGAAGUAUACUAAAUAAGUACUACAAGAAUAAUCAAGGUAUGUCAGGAGCACAGAAUUAUGUCCCUGGAGGUUUCUCCAAACCAGGAGGAGGACUUUCAAAACCUGGAGCAGCUCCCGAUGCUUAUGGAAUGUAUAACAAAGCAAGAAAGGACAGUUCUUAUAAAGGGGAUAAGUCUCCUUCCUAUGGUGGCUACAGCUAUGGAGGAGGCGGAAUUUCAAAAUAUUUAGCGAAAAGAAAUGGAGAACAAGAUCCUGAUAAACUCCCAAGUGUAACGAAUCGUCAAGCUCUGGGAUCAGGAGCUAGUAUUGGAUCCCGAAGAAAUCUAGGUUCAGGGUUAGGUUCAAAAGGAAGCAAUAGAAGUAACAUCCCUUCUGGAGGAGGGCUUUCUGGCUAUGGAGGAAGAAAUCUAGUUAAAAAUUCAGACAAAGAACUACCAACUCUAAAUAAAUUCACUAACCCAGGAGGAGUUGGAGGACUCAGCAAAGUUGGUGGAUUAUCCAAAGGAGGUCUAGGAGUCCUCGGUGGAGGAGGUCUCGGAAAAGGAGGAGGCUUAGGAAGACACAACCUCUAAUCACCUUAGCUCCUCUAUAGAUAACCUAAUCAAUUUCAAAUAAAUAUUA